CGGCAGUGUGUUAACGUGUCAGUCUAUCUACAUCGACCUAUAUAUGCUUGUAUACGAGCAAUGUGUGAGUCUGGAGCAAUAUCAACGACGUGUACACCGCUAGAAGUUCCUCAUCCUAACGAAUAUAAUCACAGGCAUGUGUAUGAACUGGAUGCCAGACAUCCCAGUAUGGAUGACAUAAAAAUGAAGCUGCAUGCAGAAUUUCUAGGAGAAACCUUACUGUUGUUACAUAAAUUAGACCUUGACUUCUGUAAAAAGGACACGCUGCUUCUCGGUGCUAUUCCAAAUGCAGAUGAAAGAAAUAUAACAUGGUACCUACUGACAGACAAGAACAUUCCGUCAAGGUCCUGUGAGUUGUCGGGAAAUUGUAUAAGGUCUGUCACAUCAUCUGGAGGAUUUGUAACAAUGCAUAAGACCAAACUGAUUCCAGGAGCUAAUUAUUACAUAUGUGCAAGUUCAAAUAGAACCGUCGUCCAUCGCGAACUCUUCGACGACAUUCUGGAGGAAAUAAACGAAUGCGGGAAUGGAUUUCUAAUCGACGAUGCUCCUCCCAUUGCUGGUCAGGUCAAAGUCAUUAAUCAGAACCAGGGAUUUAUGUCCAGUCAAAAUGAAAUGGUCAUUUCCUGGAAAGGAUUUAAAGACAGACUUUCGUUGUCACAUUCGAAUUUUUCAUCUCCAGUUUAUUCAUACAACUAUGCAAUAGGAACAACACCUGGAAGCAUUGAUGUUCUGCCAUUUAGCAGUGCUGGUCUCUCUCAUUCUAUAGAAGUCAGAGGCUUACAUUUACAAAAUGGUGUAAAGUAUUAUGCAACAGUGCGAGCCAUGGACCAUGUAAAUCUAUCCGCCGAGGCCAUUUCUGCUGCUGUAGAUGUAGAUUUUACACCUCCUGAUGUAGGUACAAUUACUGUUGGCGGUGCUUUGAGACAUAAAUAUAUAAUGGCAACGGAACAUCUGAAUGUCUACUGGAAAGGGUUCGAAGACAAAGAAAGUGGAAUCAGACAUUAUUAUUUGGGAAUUGGUGAUCAGCCAGAUACUGAUAAUAUACUUCCAUUUAGAAUAAUAACAGAGCAGUAUGCAGACCUAUCUAGAAAUGAGUUUCAGGACGGAUUUAAAUACUAUGCUGUUUUAAAGGUUAUGAACAAAGCUGGACAAUGGACAACGGUAUCUUCAGAUCCAUUUAUAUUAGAUUCAUCUCCACCCCAGAGAGGAGUGGUCAGAGAUGGCAGCAGUGUACAGUCAAGUGAUGUCGAUUACCAAAAUUUUACAAGCUCUCUGACUUGUCAUUGGGAAGCGUUUGAUGACCCUCAUUCUGGAAUUCAGUUUUACCGGGUUGGGCUUGGGACAGAUCCAGAACAAUUUGAUACGUACAUGUUAACUGAAGUCGGAUUGAGAACAGAGAUAACUUGGAGAACCCACUUAAAAGCAGGUGAAAAGUACUUUGCAACAGUUGAAGCAUGUAACGGUGCCACAUUAUGCACGCGGCAGCAUUCCGACGGUAUUAUAUUAGAUGAUUCUCCACCAAUACAGGGUCAUAUACAUGUUGGCAUCAGUGGAAAACACGAGAACUAUCAAAGUCAUAGAAACAGCAUUUCUGCACAUUGGGUUGGUUUUGAGGACCCACAAUCAGAUAUUCAUCACUUUGAAUGGUGCGUUACAUUGCAUAGGAACACGUGUGAUAUAUUUCCGUUUGCAAAUAUACUUUUAUCGCAGUCUGGGUUCAAGACACAACUAAAUCUUCCUCUUGGGCAAAAUAUAUUUAUUAGAAUAAAGGCCUAUAAUAAUGUUGGAAUGUACACGGAGGCUACAUCGGACAGCUUUAAAGUAGACAACUCACACCCAGUCCUGGUAAAAAGGCCCAAGUUUGUUCUGAAAAAUAUGCAGAUUUCCCAUCAAGAUCAAACACAAUGGGAAAAUUCAUUAGUUCGUCUGGAGUGGAAAUUCUCUGAUCCAGACAGCCCAAUUGUUAAACAUGUUGUCCGGCUGAAUACGCAUCAUGACGGGAAGGUCCGAGAAGAAAUCACUCAACUAGGCAAUGAGGACAAAGUUACUGUUCAAAUGUCGGAACAUGACCUGCUAUUAAAUGGAGAUAGGUACUGGGCUACGGUUACGGCUUGUAAUGCUGCAGGCAUUUGUACAAAUUCAACGUCCGAAGAUUUGCUAAUAGAUUCUUCUCCACCACAUCUAGGGGGAUUUCAACCUCCAAUGACAUGGGUAAAUGAAGGUAACGUAAGUCGUAUAUAUUUAUCAUGGUACGGAUUCAGUGACGUUGAAUCAAAUAUAGUAAAUUAUAUGAUUACUGUAAGUAGACAUUACAGCGGUUCAGAAUUAUCAAAUGGGGUCGUGGAAAUUUUACCAAAGAACAAAACGGUGGAAAGUUCAUACAUUUUGUUGCACAAUACCAUUUCCGAAGAAGAUACUUUCAUUUUGUCCAUCUGGGCAGUCAACGGUGUAGGUCUUCGCAGUGAAAUCGGAAAGGUAACGGUAACUGCCGUCCAGACUGAUACAAAAGGUAGCAAAGGUAUUCUUAAAUUACAGAAACAUUCUUGUGUUACUUACUACUGCAACCGUGAUUGCACCUGUGCAGUAGUUGGAGAGAAAUGUGAGCAGCAUGUCAAAAAUCUUACUUGUGUAACAGCGGAAAAUAAACCCGAAUACCAAAAUAUUCGAGUCCUUGUCGGAAUGCUUAAGAAUCACCAAGCAGUAACAGCUUCUUCAUCUUGUAUAUCAGCUCACUGGAUAUUGGAGAAAAACGAAACAAAAGUACCUAUUCAGAGAUUUGAAUGGAGCAUAGGGACUGAUAAGCCUGGCGGUGGAAUAUUUGAAGGACCAUUGGCUAAAAAAUGGUUUGACGUUGAUUUGCAAACUAACUUAACAUUUUGCAUGCCAGCAAAUCGGCAACUGGUCAAUGGGGAGAACUACACAAUAUACAUAAAGGCUUGGUACUCGGAAAGGGAGUCACAUAUGUUCUCUUCACCUCCUGUAACGAUAGAUACGACGCCUCCUGAUAUUGUUCGAGGAAAAUAUGUAUAUGUGUCAACCGAUGAUUGUGUAACAGACGUUUAUUUCAUCACAAACACCACUUCUAUUCACGUGUGUUGGCGAAAGGUCUUCAAAGAUAGAAUAAGUGGCAUACUAAAAAACUUUGUAAUGGCUGGAACGUCUCCGUAUGGAGACGACUUAAUCCCAGUUACUGACUACGGAUUGGCAGAAAAAGCAGAAUUUAAUGAUUUACCGAUAAGUCCCGGUACGAAAUAUUACUUCACUAUCCGUGUCCUGAACUCUGUUGGUCUUAUGACCUCUUUGGCAUCCGAUGGAAUCGUUCUUGACGAAGAACCGCCAUUUGAGGGUGUUGUAUUCAAUACAGACCAUCAUAAAAACGUUAAGUUCCAAGCUUCUUUGUCCAUUAUCGGUGUUUCCUGGCACGGAUUUGUCGACCAUCAUUCCCAUAUUCAUCAUUAUUCGGUUUUUGUCACUGAAGUUGCAACAGGGCGAGUAGUUCAAUUUGACGAAAAUGUUGGAAUCAGAACAUCCAUUACCUUGAAUAACACAAAUCUUCACCACGGCGAAAGCUACAAGGUAUCAGUUCAGGCUUCCGAUGCAGCGGGAUAUGCAACUUCUGUCAUCGAUUCUGAAACAGUCACUGUUGAUUCAACUGCUCCGCAAUCUUUUACAUGUAGAGCGUUCACUGGCACUAGUCAGCAAAGUAAUCUAACAUUUGGAUCCAAUGACAUUUCCUUUACAAGCGUUUUAAGCAAAGAUAGAUUUUAUAAGUUAAAAGUGGGACUUGAAAGUUUGGACUAUUUCUCUUCAGUGCAGAUUUCCAUUGGUCAUCACAUGAUGGUACUACAAAUGUCUGAGAACGCUGACCACUCGAAGGAAACAGAGAUGUCUUUCUUGUCUCCAUAUAAUGACUCUACUGAUUUUACAAUCAAUUUCAAUGAUCCAGUAAAAAGUAACGAUAUUAGGAUUCGAUUGCUAGAGUGUUCCGAUAUUGACCUAGAAGCUACAGUCUCUCCUAUCGAUGUGAUGCAGUUCAGUCACUCGCAGAUAUCGGUUUGUUCUCGUAUUCUAGACCUUGAAAGUGGCGUCAGGUCAAUUGAGGUUGGGGUAGGAACAGUUGAAGGUGGAUUCCAGGUUCAUCCCUUAACGCCAGUCCCUCUUGAGAAUCAUGUCGUUAUAGAGCACAAUUCCCCACAUGGAACAAAACUGUACGUUACUGCUAUUGCUCGUAAUCACGCUGGUCUGUGGACCGCAUUUGGGAGUAACGAAAUCGUCGUUGACCACACACCGCCACGAAUAUUCAACAUUAAAGCCAAAAUGAAGCUAUACCAAUUUGAGAAUACUACCGAGGAAAGGACUGCGCAUGUGACGAUAAGUGGAAACAUUCAAGACAAAGAAUCUGGAAUAAAAACGUGUACUUGCAAUAUAGAAUUAUAAACAGUGACUGGAAACGUAACUACGACAGACGGUGAAACAAUGGUCAGAUGUCAGUUUGACAAUGGCAAUGUAACCGUUAAACAUGGUACAGUUAUUGUACCGAGUCUUGUUUGUAUAAAUAACGUUGAGUUGACUGCACGAGAAACAGGGCCACAGCUGUGCGCCUCAUUUCGUCAACCAUCUGCCACGGAUGCGUCCCUCCAGAUUUUACCCGAUAAUGGAAUUUCCUAUGAAGCAUUUAACUAUGGAUUGAGUAGUAAUGAAACAAUUCAAUCAUCUUUGUCAUCAGUACAUGCUCGUUGGACAGGUUUCCAUGACAUUACUGGUAUAGACCACUACGCUUACACUUUAACAAACGGAAAUACCACCAUUACCAUGGAUACACUGCAUGACUCUCGUACAACUGCAGUGAUCGCCGACGUGACAUUAGAAGAUGAAGAAACCUAUACAAUGUCUGUUGAGGCUGUAAAUACUGGUGGCGUUCAUAGCGAACCAUGUGUAUCAUCGUUUAAGGUGAAAAGCGGAACACCCCAAAUGUUAGGUGAAACGGUAAAGAUCUACCACGAUGACAAUGGCUCUAAAGUAAUAGACUGGGGAAAAGUGUUUGACAUGAGGGAUGGAAUACCAAUGAUUUUUGACAUUAAUAUUGGAACGCGAGAAGGUUAUUCCGAUGCUCUUAACAGAUUUGAGACUAUGGCAACGUCUGUUGGUCUACCAGACACAGACACAGAUAGUGUGUGGGUCUCUGUAUGCGCUAGAUAUGUAACUGGCAAAUACAGCUGCAACCAUGGAACUGUUGUACUUUAGAGGCAUAUGCCUUCUGUUUACAUUAAAUUUGCAAAUGAAAAUUCCAGUAGAAUAUCGUGUAUAGAUCAUUUUGUUUUAUGAUCCUCGCAUACUAUACGGAGCUACGUUUUAAUAUUAUGCUAGAUUCAUUGUAUGCUUACUUUGCAGUUCUCACACAUCUGUCAUGUGUAAUUGUACUGUUCUAAAAGGCUCUUUUUAGAUGAUCGUGUUCAUCGUAUGGUCAUCUAAAUUUUAGCACACCUUUUUUCUUGGUCAUAUAAAAUGGCGUUAGGUGGUAUGUUACAUUCUUUCGAAUAUAAAAAGUACGCGCUUUUCAUUUUGUAUAUAGAAUUGGAAUUUCACUGGACUUGAUAGGCAUUGUUUGUUGCAGUAGUUGCUUAACAAUUAGAAAAAAUAAAAAAUGAUGAAGAUUCCAGUGAAGUCA